GCAGAUCAAAUACUGGUCUCUGAAAUAAAAGCAGAGCAAACAGCCCAAACCCAGUGUGCCCUCCGUCCAGAGUGAAGCCAACAAAGUCGGUUUAAAAGAUGGAGAAAUUUGUACUUCUGAUGGUGAUGUUUGCAACAUGUUGGGCAACACCCCAAGAUCUGACAGGCAAAGUUUUCGUGUUUCCCAAACAGACCAACACUGAUCAUGUGAAACUUCUGACCUCAAAAAAACAGUUCAACUCUGUGACUGUCUGCUUCAGGUUCCUCACAGAUCUCUCUAGGGAAUACGGCCUGUUCUCCUUGGCUACACCCUCCUUCACCAAUGACUUCUUGCUCUUUAAACCCAACUCUGAUGCCAUGAGAAUGCAUGCUCUGGACGCCCACACAGACUUCCUGUCUCUGCAAUAUCCACCUAACACCUGGCACUCCAUGUGUGGUGCCUGGCGCUCCGACAACGGCCUGGCUCAGCUGUGGAUGGAUGGAAAACCCUCCAUCAAGAGAUUCAUCAAAAGAGGACCCAUCCGUGGGGCUCCCAUCACCAUCUUGGGCCAGGAGCAAGACUCCUAUGGUGGAACUUUUGAUGUGAAUCAGUCUUUCCUUGGCAUGAUUUCUCAACUCCAUAUGUGGGACUAUGCGCUCUCCCACGGUGAGAUCAAACGUUAUAUGGACAAUGCAAAUUUUACUCCGGGCAAUGUGUUCAACUGGAGAGCCCUGGAGUUUGAAAUCACAGGGGAUAUUUUUGUGGAAGACAUGUCUGAGGUUAUGUAACAGGGUGUCAAACACUGAAUGAAUCACACACGAUUUGUUGAAACAUUCUAUCGAUGAUUAAAAUUUAUUCAGACA